UUACAAUAGGAUUUAAAUUCCACAGUGUUUUAAAAUGAAACAAAAAAUUUGGGAAUUCAAUGUUCUUUUUUUAGCACCUUAAAAAUGUUCUUCAUAAAAUGGAGUCAAAUACAGCCUUGUAGAUGUUGUACAAAUCUAUAAUACUGAUAUAUUCACAGACUUCAGACAUUUUUUAAGCGGUAUGUCAGUCCAGAAUAUGUCCGAGUCAGUGUAUGUGGGGAUGUGUAACAAGAUAGGGACUCCUCGACAGGUGACCUCUAGGAGAGAUAUAAAGGACAUGAUCGAGUUUUUGGAUAAUCGAUAUGAGCUAGUGAUAUUAAGUUUGAGUGGAAGUAUGAAAGAAGGAUUCAGAUUGCGUGGAUCAGACGUAGAUUAUAUGUUGUGGCCAACUAACCACCGAGUGAUCUGGGACUUUUCUCAGUCUGAGUUUUACAACAUACACAGACAGACACUGAUUCUCUGUGACAGUUCUGAGAGUCCACCAGGAUUUACAUUACUUUGGUUACCAUUGGAAUUACAAGCUGAAAGGAAAGUGUGGUUGUCUUGUGUGAAGAUGAAUGGGGGACUCUAUAUAUCAAGUUCCAUGUACAGGGAGAUAAAUUAUUCCUCAUGUACACCUGGUUCUACUAUACAUGGUCCAUGUAUUAGUAACACAAAUGGUCAAUUAGAAAAUGACAAUGCUCAUUGUUUUAUCAGUGAUUUUUGGCCCCCCUCCGCCUCCUCAUGGAUAGACAGAUGUCACUCAUGGCCUUCACCUCAUGUUGUCAAUGACAUUGUGAAAAAUGGAUGUCACGUUGUAGCAAUUGGACACAAACUAGGAAACCAUGAAGAAAUCGAAUGGAGAAUUUCUUUCUCUCAGGCUGAAUACAAACUUGUGUACUCAAUGAAUCACACACAAUUCUUAACUUAUGGAAUGCUGAAAUUGUUUUUAAAGGAAAUAAUUAACAAUGAAUUAAGAGAUGAAGAUAAACUACUGUGUUCUUAUCACAUGAAAACAGCUGUUUUUUGGGCCAUUCAGCAAAACACACUACCUCAAUGGUAUCCACGAAAUCUCCUGGCCGGUUUCUGGGUCUGCUUUAAACUUCUUCUUAAAUGGGUUUAUAACGGGAUCUGUCCAAACUUUUUUAUUCCAGAAAACAACAUGUUUCUAAGCAAAAUCCAUGGCCACUCACAAAGAAGUUUUUUCAGGCGACUGUAUGAGUUGUAUGAGAAGGGUAUAACAAUGCUGCUACACAGUCCCUCCAUCAGGUCCUGUAUCAUCGGUGUCCUCUGUAAUCCCAGACUCACAGUGUGUACUGAUGAACACACUCUGGUCUCUGAGGCCAAGUUUGAUAUAGAAUUAUUUUAUGACAUAAAUACUACUGAUUCAUUACAUACAUCAGACCUACAGCACUGUAUACAGUACCUACAAACAGUAGAACAGCUGAUAGGUUCUCCCUUGACACAGUAUCAAGUUGUAAGUUUACAAAAAUAUACAGCCACCCUCUUUCAGUACAUUGCUUUUACAUUAUCCGAAUACAACAUGUACAUAAACACGAAUGUCAACAAACAAAUGUAUAUUGCAGACAAAAUAUCCUGUCAUUUGCUAAAAUUAACAGCUAAGUUUGGGUAUGUUUCUGACAUGUUUUACAUUGCAAUGUAUUAUUACAAGACACACAGAUACAGGGAAGCUUUAUCUGUUAUAGAGAUUACAAAGGUCAAGUUAGCACAGCCAUAUCUGAUGUAUGAGAGGCAGGUAGACAGAGAGAGGUAUACUGAGGCUGUAGGGGGACAGUCCUGGUCUACAAAGAUGAGACAGGCUGUAGCAAAGAAUGUUAUACUUGACAAUAAAAAGUGUUAUAUUCAUGAACUGAUACCAGAACAACAGUCUAGUAAACAAAUGAGUGAACUUAAUUUGUAUAUACCACCCUCUGUACUGUUACACAUGCUAGAGUUUAUAAGCUUUAGACAUGUUGACGCAAUGAGAGCACAAGCAGCCUUAGAUGAUCUACAGGUCCUAGUCCACCAUGAUCAGGGAGUCUAUGUACCUAUUUGUCUUAGAGAUAUCUCCUGGGAGAUCCUGGGGAUCUGUCAACAUAUAGCAGGGAACCUCCAGUCUGCCUUGUACUCAUACCAACAGUCACUCAAACAAUUACCCCAAAAUAAAAUACAAACUGCCACCAGACAGAGAAUCCAUGAUCUACAAUUCUAAAUUCAAUUUCAGUUUAAAUACUGUAUUAGAUGAAGUAUGUAAUGCAAGUUACAAUACUGUUAGAAUAUUAUCAGUUUUAAUAAUUGAAAUAUAAUUAAUGUAUUCUUCUAUAUUUACUUAGCAUGCAAAUUGCCUUAAUUCUUAUAGCAAUACAUUUUUGCAAAAUAAUACAUGUUCUUUUAAGCUUAAACAUUUCUGCACAAUAGCUGUAAAAUAUUGCACAGUUGUUAAUUUACAUGAUAUGUGCACUGUUGAUGGUGAGAACAUUACACCAAUGGAUUAAUUAUGCACAUAUUUUUGUUUUAUUUUGAGGAUAACCUUGAUAUUGUUUAACUUACCUUUGUAAAAACGUGGCUAGUGUUGUUGUGUCUCCCUUGUUUACUACAUCUCUACAAUCCAAGUACAGCUGUAAAAUAAAGUAAAAUCAAGACAUAUUAAGAGUGUGAAUACUGGCAAUGAAACGAUGUGACUAAAGGAUGAAUAAACUGACAUCAGCUAUAUAUGUUGUAUAUUAUCAGUUUUAGCAGUAUGUUGUUGAUUCUGGCAUAAGCAUUCUAUAUUGCAGUUUAUUGCAAAGUUACAAAUACUAAAGUAAAAUCUAAAAUACUGUUAACCCACUCUUAUUCGCAUGCGAGAAAUAUUUCGCGAAAGCCUCUUUUUUGCAAAGAGUCCUCACCACAAACCAGUCAUUGUAAAUUGUUUUAAUUACAGCACUUGUGUUGUUAAGGCCUUGUCGCGAAAGU